AUAACUACAUACACAGGGUCCACCCAGCCGUCUUGCACGCCCACACUUCAGCCCAUAGUGCAGUGCUGCUAAGAACACGUUUCGUUCGGUGGCUGACCUACGUUCGCGUGCACCCAAACAACCAAAGUGCUACAACAAAGCAUUCAAAAAAACAGCAAGCGAGUAGUAAACAAACGCAACACAGCAACAACAACAACAACAACAAUAGCAACAGCAGCGGCAGCAAUAAAAACAAAAACAACAACUACAAUCGGAAUCGUCCGCAUCCGACGCGUUUCGUGCAGCAGCGACUGACAUCAUCAGCCGCAUCGUACCCAACGUCCUUAACGUCGUCUUUCGCAUCGCCAUCGUCAUCGUCUGCAUCUCAAGAUGACCACAGAUUUGCUGUUCCCGAAAAUUUCGGAUUGCUCAUACGUCUCGUGUUACUGCGAGGAGAAUGUUUGGAAACUUUGUGAACAAGUGAAAAAAACACGCAUCGAUGAACUUUCAAAGUGUUAUGCGGUAUUCGUGUCGAAUGAGGGGCGUACGGUGCCAUUGUGGCGCCAAAAAGCAGGACGUGGCGAUGAUCAAGUCGUGAUAUGGGACUACCAUGUCUUCUUCAUGCACAACCCAACGCCAAAUCGCUGUUUGGUGUUUGACUUGGAUACGACGCUACCUUUUCCUACGUAUUUUCACAAGUAUGUUACAGAAACGUUCCGCUCGGAUCUGGCGCUAAGACCAGAGCAUCAUAGAUACUUCAGAGUCAUACCCGCAGAAACAUAUCUAAGUGAAUUCUCAUCAGACCGUCGACACAUGCGAAGGCCCGAUGGCAGUUGGAUAAAGCCACCGCCAUCAUACCCGCCCAUACAGUCAAGCAGCAAUGCGCAUAGCUUGGGCGAUUUUAUCUGCAUGAAUGCGGGCAAGGGACCCGGCACCGUUUAUAGCCUCUCAGAAUUUGUGCAAACCUUCUACAAGGCGCCGAAUGUGGUGGCGCAACAGAACAACAAAUAAUACCAACAAAGCUGAGCAGCUAUCAAUUGAAGUGCCAGUCAAGUUAACGAGCAUAGUAGAGCAGAGUAGAGUAGAGUAGAGUCGCGUUAAAGCACCGCAUAUUGUGCACCGGAAGUACGAAUAGUAAACGAAAGAGUUGGCACCAGAACCAGAUGUAAACGUUCGCACGUAUUUACAAACAUAUAUUUGUAUGUAUGUUUAUAAACACAUAAAAAGUUAGCUGAUGCAGCUGCUCGGCGUAGGGAUAAGAACGGAGCGAAAGGAUUGGGUGGAUGAGCUGGGAUUUCGCUAGCAGUAUUAAGGUGCACUCAAUGUCAACUCAAAGGUCACAUAAAUAGCAACAAGAACAACAAAAAAAAGAACAUUAGCAAAAACAAAUAUCAGAGCAGCAACAAAAAUAAUGCAUAGAGAGGAAUAGAGAAAUAGGGUCAACAUUAUUUAAUAGCAAACAUUACAGCCACCGCAGCUAAAAAUCAACGUAACGACAUUAACGUCAGCGGCGGCAAUUUCCUUCAAGUUCGCACACAAAUCGCUCGUUUGCACUCGGUCAAUCAAUGCCGGCUGUAGGCGGUCAGUGGCGCCACCUGCAACAGCAAUUAACCGGCCAGUUGCAGUGUGCUGAUGCGAAUGUCACCUGAUUUGCAUACAACACAAAAUUAUCCAGGGUCUGAGCCCGAACUUGGCGCAGCUGCAAAACUUUUGCCACUGCAGAGUCCCGCACCCUACGUCCUUCUCCCCUACGACGCGCUUAGAUCACAGGCACAGCACAUCACUUGGCUUUUUGAUUCAUUCUGAUUCGUCGAUGCUUCCGAGAUAUUCACACAAGUUGAGCUACUCGCCGCCUGCCGCCCGCCACUUUACAGCGCUAAUGCUUUCUUUUACAUUCCGUAAUAAAUAUUUUCUAAGUAUGUAUGUGCUAGUGCUAUGUGGCAAGGCAUAUUUUCAACUUUCAUGCAUACCAAUGUUUUUGUUGUAAUUGUUUGUUGGUAAUAUUUUGUAACGUCAUUGAUGUCAUUGGAGCGCUGCAGCCGCUUACCGCUGGCAUAUAUGUAUG